AUGGUAAAAGUGAUAUUACAAAAUCAUUGACUCACUCCCUGAAGGACAUUUGAUACAUGAGUGACUGGACACAUAUCAAAUGAUGUCUCAAGAAUCAGUUGACAUUCAACAAACUCUGCAUCACAGGGUGCUGAUAGCUGCAUUGAUUAUCUUUACCCAAGACCUGAGCAGCGGAGGAGGAGCACAGGCAUGGACCUACAACUACAGCAUCGGCCCAAACCGGAGGUGGCUACAGGCCCGCCAGUGGUGUCAGGAGCACUUCACAGACAUGGUGACCAUCCAGAGCCAGGAGGAGACGGACUUCAUCAACAAUCUGCUGCCGUUUAACCCAAAAUAUUACUGGAUAGGCGUCCACAGAGUGGAUGGAGCAUGGAUAAGGGUGAUGACCAAUGAGACUGUCCCAGAAGACGCCCAGAACUGGGCACCAGAUGAGCCGGAUGGCUUAGUGGGUCAGGACUGUGUGGAGAUUUAUCUUAAGAGGGAGAUAGAAGUAGGCAUGUGGAACAAUGAGAAGUGCAGCAAAAGGAAGGGAACGGUCUGCUACUCAGCCUCUUGUACACAGGAUUCCUGCAGUGCACAUGCAGAGUGUGUGGAGACUAUAGGGAACCAUACUUGCCAGUGCCAUCCUGGUUUCCAUGGCCCACGCUGUGAAGAGGCAAUCGCAUGCAAACCCUUGCUGGAUCCUGAACAAGGUUCUCACCAAUGUUUCUGUCCCUACGGGUGCAAUCGGUUCAACUCUUCCUGCAGUUUCCACUGUGAACUUGGCUUCCGCUUGGUAGGCGUGCCCCAACUCUUGUGCCAAACCAGUGGACGUUGGAACCACCAUGUUCCUCUGUGUCAAGUUGAACAGUGUCCAGUUCUGAACCACACCAACAGCAGUGGCGGUCGAAUGAACUGCAGCCACCCCAUCGCAGAUUACAGCUACAACUCCACCUGUGAGGUCAGGUGUGACGAAGGCUAUGAGCUCAGUGGAGACGGCCACAUACGCUGUGACCACACUGGCCAGUGGACAGCCAGUGUCCCAGCAUGCACAGUAAAAAAGUGCGCCCCCAUUUUCUCUCCUGUCACGGGCAACAUGACAUGCGUGUACACUGUGGAGCCUUUCAUCUUCGGCUCGUGGUGUGACUUCACCUGCCAGGAAGGCUACUACCUCAGCGGAAACAGCACACUCACCUGUCUGGCGUCAGGACAGUGGAGUAAACCUACACCUAAAUGUGCAGUGGUGCAGUGCAACAGCCUAGAGGCUCCACCUCAUGCCUCCAUGCAAUGCCAGGGCCCUUUGGGAGAGUACAGCUAUGACUCAAUAUGCACUGUGCAAUGUGAAGAAGGAUUUGAACUGAUCGGCACAAACAAGACAAAAUGUUCCUCACAGGGCAACUGGAGUCACGCCCUUCCUCUCUGCCAGGCUAAGAGGUGCAUUCCCCAAAAUCCACCCUCUCACGGCUCCAUUUCCUGUUCUGACCCAAAUGGUUCCUUCCGUUUUGGUUCUCGAUGCACGUCGGCCUGUGACGAGGGAUUUCUCCUGAAUGGGACGUCCAGCACUGAGUGCACCUCUCUGGGAACAUGGAAUGCAGACAUCCCACGUUGCCCAGCUAGAACAUGUUCCACUUUGAACUCUCCAACCAAUGGCUCUUUAUCCUGCUCCCAUCCCCAUGGAGAGUUCAGGUUUGGGUCUCGGUGCACAUCAGCCUGUGAGGAGGGAUUUCUCCUGAAUGGGACGGCUGACACAGAAUGCACCUCUGUGGGCACAUGGAACGCAGACACCGCACUUUGCACGGCUAAGAGAUGUCCGUCUCUGAACCCUCCCUCUCACGGCUCUUUAUCCUGCGCUGGUCCUCAUGGAGAGUUCAGAUUUGCUUCUCAGUGCACGUCGUCCUGUGAGGAGGGUUUUGUCCUGAAUGGGACGUCCAGUGCUGAGUGCACCUCUGUGGGCACAUGGAACGCAGACAUCCCACGUUGCCCGGCUACAAGAUGUCCCACUCUGAACUCUCCAACCAAUGGCUCUUUAUCCUGCUCCCAUCCCCAUGGAGAAUUCAGGUUUGGGUCUCGGUGCACAUCAGCCUGUGAGGAGGGAUUUCUCCUGAAUGGGAUGGCUGACACAGAAUGCACCUCUGUGGGCACAUGGAACGCAGACACCCCACUUUGCACAGCGAAAACAUGUCCGGCUCUGAACCCUCCCUCUCACGGAUCUUUAUCCUGCUCUGAUCCUCAUGGAGAGUUCAGGUUUGGGUCUCGGUGCACUUCAGACUGUGAGGAGGGUUUUCUCCUGAAUGGGACCACGGACACUGAGUGCACCUCUCUGGGCACAUGGAACACAGAACAACCACAUUGCUUGGCACGUCCAUGCCCCCUAUUGGCCGAAGCGCCACAACAUGGGAGGAUGAACUGCAGCCAUCCACAUUCCCUUUUCAGCUACGACUCCCACUGUGACUUUGGAUGUACUGAGGGAUUCUGGCUGAGAGGAACUCCCACUGUGACGUGCAAUAGCUCAGGCCACUGGAGUCGGGAUCUACCUACCUGCGAGCUUGUACAGUGUGAGGUCAUCCGUGCCCUGUCUCUACCCCUGUCUGUGAACUGCUCCCACCCUCUGGGCAACUUCAGCUUUGGCUCCAAGUGUCUUUUCACCUGUAAAGGCAGAUUCUCCCUGAAUGGCACUGAGCUGCUGCUCUGCUCGCCCACUGGGUUUUGGAGUGACGGUCUGCCAAACUGCACAGAAGAUCUGCCGGUGGGGGCGGCCAUGUUGAUGUACACGGGCAUCACUGCGACCUCUGUGCUCGUGCCUCUCGCCCUGAUCGGACUGGCUGCGUUGAUUCUGACACAAUUCAAGAGAAAAGGAAACAGAGCCAGGUCUGAUGCGUCAUUGUGGGAAGAAAGAGAGAAUCCAGCAUUUGAGUUUUGAUUUUUUUUUGUGUUGAUGCUUUUGUAUUGAUACGGAUGUGGUUGUUGUUUGUUGUUAUGUUGCAGUUAAUUUGCUCACUCUCAUACAUAGACAUAUUAUUUUCUGCAUGUCAAUUUUAUAUUGUCAAAUUUGAACUGUAUUUACGUAGAAGCUUUGAAAUGAGCCCAACAGGUUUUCUGCCCCCCCUUCUCUGUGUAUGAUUAUUUGUAAUUUGUAUUUUUAAUCUGUGCAAAAAAAUUUAACUAUUUCUGCAACUUCAUGCAUGCUGUUUAACAUUCACUAUAACGUCUACCCAGAGAUGCUUCAAAAUCUAAAUAAAAAAAAGAAUCAAUAUAUAA